UCAUCUUCCUGGCUUUGACCCGUCCGUCCUGCGCAAUGUCCCAGUCCCAGUCCUCCCAGCAAGCCUCCUCCUCCUCUUCCGCUCCGGCCACCGAGGCGAGCCCCCUGCUGAGCGUGCCCUCGGGCGGCAAGCACCACAAGCGCCACGUCUCCUACUCGGACUAUGCAAAGUCCUUCCUCACCACCCACCAUGCCACCCAGAUCCGCGUCGACAUCUCCUCCAACGUGGUGCGGUACCGCUACAUCGACGCUGUCGCCUACAAGGGCUCCGUCAUCCCAAAGAUCUUGAUUCCCGCCACCAUCGUCACCGUCUGGUCGUUGCUGUGGACGGUGCUCUACGAGGUCUAUGAAAUCACCUGGUUUGCCAUCCCGCCGCAGCUCAUCAGCAUCCUCGGUGUCGUCAUGGGUCUGCUGCUGGUCUUCCGCAACAACACCUCUUACGACCGAUACUGGGAGGGCUGCCGCACAUGGAGCUCCAUCCGAACCCAGAUCCGCAACAUGGCCCGUAUCAUCUGGAUCGGUGUUGCCGCCAAGGACGGCCAGCAGGAGGCGGUCUUCCGUCUCAAGAAGGGCGCCAUGAACCUGCUCAUGGCCUUUGCCUCAUCCACCAAGCACUUCCUCCGCAACGAGCUGGACUACAAAUACAGCGACCUCGCCCCGCUCAUCGUCCACCUCCCCGACUACCACCCCUCCAACCCCAACCCUCCCGAGCUGGUCAACCUGCCCAUCGAGAUCUCGUUCCACCUGAGCUCGUUCAUCUCGUACUGCAAGGAGCACGAUCUGAUCGACGGCGCUCAGCAGGGCGCCCUUAACAGCGGCCUCGCCAGCAUCGUCGACUCUCUGGCCGUUUUCGAGCGUAUCCGCAAUACCCCGAUCCCCGUCGCUUACAGCAUCCACUUGAAGCAGACCCUGGUUCUCUACAUCCUCUCGCUCCCCUUCCAGAUCGUCGCUCCCCUCGGCUGGGCCACCAUCCCCGUUACCUUCAUGGCGGCCUUCACCCUCCUCGGCAUGGAGUCCAUCGGUGGCGAGAUCGAGAACCCCUUUGGCUACGACGAGAACGACCUCCCUCUCGACGAGUACUGCACCACCGUCCGCGAGGAGCUCAACCGCAUCAUGACCCGCCCCACCGAGUACUCGCCCGAUUCGUGGAAGGUUCCUUACGAGGACGAGAUUGUUCGCCAGUCGACCAUGUCUCUCAGCAAGGCUACCAUCGAGAGGGCCAAGGCCAUCAUCGAGCGCAAGGAGAGCAUCCGCGGCGAGAAGCUGGCGGCCCGGGUCAAGUUUGGCCAGGAUUCGUCCUCGUCCUCGUCCUCGUCGACUGCUGUCUAAGACGCCAACGCUGUCGUUCCCUGUCAAGAGUCUUGCACUCAGCUUUGCCCAACCUCGCUUGGGCCUCGGCUCGUAUCCGACACUUUUAGUUCCGUGGCGUGGGCCAAGGUCCUGCAGUCGCGGUCGUUAGUAUCCCCCCCCCUAAAUUGGCUUGCUUCUUGGAUCGUUGUCUUUCGCAGUUGGCUGCAUAUUUGGACUGCCUAUGGUUAUGCAGUGUGAUGGGCUGUGCAGCGUGUUGGGAAAAGCAGUGGGACGUUGUCUCGUUCGUUCAAAACACGCCAUAGUCGGAUCAUA